UGUGCGAGCCAGAGAGCCGAUUGUCGGCGUCUGCCAUUUGCACAUCGACUGUCGUCAGGCGUUUUCCCCUUUUCUUCGACGUUUCCAAGACUUAUAUAUUCCUUUCUCUUUUGACGGAAUAAACUGCCAGCGGGACGAAACUUGGUAAAAUGUCUCACCGUGGUGGUAUCAGGUACAACAGGCCGAACUACAAAUCGCCCCAGCAUUACAGCACGGGCCACAAGAACUUCAACAACCAGAACUACAAUCCGCCUGUCACCAGGCGCCAGCAGCAGCAGCAGCAGCACCAUCAAAUCCCACCAGCGGCCCAGCAACCUGCCAACCAACAACCGCCUCAGCAGCACCCUCCAGCACCAUCGCCCCAACCCCAACCGCAGCCACAGCAAUCUCCUCCGAUACAGCAGCAGCCACCAACACAACAGGCCCAGCAGCCACCAGCUCAGCAGCCGGCUCCACAACAGAACCAGCAAACUCCUCCACCAGCACCAGUACAACAAACUCCUGCAUCACAGCCACAGCCACCCCAAACCCAGCCACCUGUGGUCCAUGUAAAAAAUGAGGACCAAAAUAUCCCAGGACUUGGUCUUGCUGAUUAUAAGAAAGACUUAUCAGCGGAAUCUCAGAGCAGUGAUAACGGUCAGGAAGGAGUUGAAGAAUCCCAUGAAGGUGGCCCUACAGUUAAAAGUGGAAAGAGGUUCAGGUUUUGGGCCCGAAGAGGUUUCUCAGGUACCAAAAUUUCUAAGAAUAUAAUCAGAAGGAGGCAGAAUGCUAGGCUUAAAGCACUAUUGACUCCAAAGAAUUCCAUGAUGGUUCUGUAUGAGCUACAUCCUGAACUCAAGCUAACAAUAUCAGAGGAUGUAAAUGCAACCAAUCAAAUGACCUAUACCGUUAAAGUCGAGAUCGGUGGAAGAACAUUUAUCGGACAGGGGAUGUCAAAGGCUGCUGCAAAACAAGCUGCAAGCGAGAAUGCUCUUAAGUCAGUAUUACUUGAGAAACUUGAGCAAAACAACAUCAGACUAAGCAGCUCUGCAAACUCAACUUGUGAAGAUGUAGAAAUGUCUAUUGUGGGAGAUGAUAGUUCGGAAAAGAAAGAUGGGGAAGAACCAAAGAAGCCCAGGCGGCUUAUCGCUGAGGACGACGUGCCAUGGGGCUCCCUGGCCAGUUUUGCCCUUUACAAGCUCUUCUCUGAUUGGCAGUCCCAGGGUUUUCAACUACCUGCAAAUGCUGGUAUUGCUGGAAUUUUUCAAAAGCAUGUACCACCACCAACCGGGGCUACUGUCAAGAAACUCCCUGUGGAUGCGAACCAAAAGCAUCCCGUUCAGCUUUUAAACCAGGUCAGGCCAGGCUCCCAGUACAUAGAGAGUCGUGAAGGCGUCCCUCCAAAUCUCACCUUCACCUUUACUGUCAUCGUUGAUGGAAAAGCAUACAAAGGAACAGGAACCAACAAAAAAGAUGCCAAGAAGCAAUGUGCAAAGAGUGUCUUGGAAGCAAUGGGGGUUGUGUAUGAUUAAUUUGCAUACUUCAUUUUUACCUUGUAUAUGUGUCCUAAAUUUUACUCGACAAAAAGAGGUUUCCCUCCAUUGAUGGCAUUAGAUAUGGUCAAACUGUUGGAUACUUUAAGCUUUUAGAAAUGUAACCUUAAUUUUGUAAUUUCUAGAUUAGUGAUGUGAUCCUUUGUUCAUGUAUUAUAUAUUUACAAUCAUUAUAUAAAGAAAUCAUUUUCAUUUUUAGUCUUGAGAAAGCUGUAAAACACUUGUUUUAUAGGUGCAUUAUAAGUAAGUGGAUUUAUUAUUAAAUUGAGUAGUGUUGUCUCUUAA